AGAACUAAAGGACCCAGUUUGGCUUUGAAAGGAGUCUCGGAAACCGUUUCUAUUCAGCACAGGGACUAAAGAGAGGGCUUUCGGAAGAGGAGGAGGCGCACUGAAGUUGUGACCACAUAGUAAAACCACCUCUCUCUCCCUCUCCCUCUCUCUCUCCUCCCCUCCUCUCUUCCCUCAGUCGGGGUUGAGGAGAUCUCUCUUGGAGCUGGAGAGGAGAGGUUGGCCGUCUCUCUCCUCCAGCAGCCGCCGGGCUUCACUGCAGCCUUCCCGCCGCUUCUUCAUCAUGGAUCUUGGGACUAAAAGAGUCGUUUGGAAUAUCGCUCAGGUCGCUCUGCUUCUCUGCAGCUCGUACGGGACAACCGGAGAAGAAGUGUGUGACAGCGCGUUGGUGUCCAAUCUGCCGCCGUCGUCCUUCAGAAGCUCGUCCCAGCUGUCCAGCAGUCACGCACCCGGCUUCGCCAAACUCAACAGGAGAGACGGAGCUGGAGGUUGGUCUCCUCUCACCUCAGACAGGUAUCAGUGGCUGGAGGUCAGCCUGGGUGAGCGGACCAAGAUAACCGCUGUGGCUACUCAGGGCCGCUACGGCAGCUCUGAUUGGCUGACGUCGUACCUGCUGAUGUUCAGUGACACGGGACACAACUGGAAACAGUACAGACAGGAGGACAGCAUAGGGUCUUUUCCAGGUAACAGUAAUGCAGACAGCGUGGUUCAGUACAAACUGCAGCAGCCGGCGAUCGCUCGCUUCCUCCGCCUCAUUCCUCUGGACUGGAACCCCAGCGGGAGGAUCGGACUCCGGCUGGAGACCUACGGGUGUCCUUAUACCUCAGAUGUUGUGAGUUUGGAUGGCAGCAGCAGUCUGGUGUACAAGCUAAGUCCCGGCCAGAGGCAGACGUCCAGAGAGGUCGUCUCUCUGAAGUUUAAAACCCUGAGGAAUUCUGGGACACUGCUGCACGCAGAGGGAGAGGGAGGACUCGGCUUCAGUCUGGAGUUAGAGAGGGGAAAGCUGCUGCUGCUGCUCAGACAAGGUAGAAGUUCCUCUGAACCCCGGCGUCUCGCUUCCCUCGGCAGCCUGUUAGAUGAUCAGUACUGGCACCAUUUAGCAGUGGAGCGGCGCGGCUCGCACCUCAACCUCACUGUGGACAAACACACAGAGAGGAUUCAAAUCCCUGCAGAGUUCAGCCACUGGGACAUUGAGCAGGUUCUGAGUGUUGGUGCAGUCCAGGAUCUCGUGUCCAAGAGAAACUUUCAUGGCUGCCUGGAAAACCUGCUGUACAACGGCCUCAACCUGAUAGAAUCAGCUAAAAACAAAGACCAUCCAGUUACUGUCAUGGGCAAUGUGACCUUUUCUUGUGCUGAGUCGGUGUCCGUGGCUGUAACGUUCCCCGGCCCCCAGAGCUUCCUCCAGUUGCCGGCGGCGGCAGCGUCCUCCUUAGGGGGCGUGUCCGUUGGGUUCCAGUUCAGGACGUGGAACAAGGCGGGGCUUCUGCUAACCUUUGACCUGCCUCAGGGAGGGGGCGUGGUCUGGCUGUACCUGAGUGAAGCCAGACUCCGGCUGCAGAUCCAUAAAGCUGGAAGGGCCCUGCUGGAGCUCAGUGCAGGUUCAGCUCUAAAUGACGGUCAGUGGCAUUCAGUGGAGUUGAACUCCAGACGAGGUCGUCUGACCAUCGCUGUGGAUAAAGAAGAAGAAGGAGGCGUCGCUCAAGCCGGCCACUCCGUCACUGUUGGAAGUCAACUCUUCUUUGGUGGUUGUCCUGCUGAAGAAGACAGUCAGGAAUGUAAAAAUCCCUUCAACAUCUUCCAGGGCUGCAUGCGUCUCCUCAGUGUGGAGAACCAGCCAGUGGACCUGAUCAUGGUGCAGCAAAGACUGCUGGGAAAUUACAGCCACCUGCAGAUCGACAUGUGUGGCAUCAUUGACAGGUGUUCUCCCAGUCGCUGUGAACACGGUGGCCGCUGCAGUCAGUCCUGGACCGUCUUCCACUGUAACUGCUCUGAGAGCGGCUACAGUGGAGCCACCUGCCACAGCUCUGUGUACGAACAGUCCUGCGAGGCGUACAAACACAACGGCAACACGUCGGGACAGUUUUAUAUCGACGUGGACGGCAGCGGACCAAUCAAACCACAGCUGGUCUACUGCAACAUGACAGAGGAGAACACCUGGAUGGUGAUUCAGCACAACAACUCAGAGCUGACCAGACUCCGACCGUCUCCAGGUGUAAACCAGCAUUCAGUUCACUUUGACUACUCCACUGAAGAGGAGCAGCUGUUGGCCGCCAUCAGCCAAUCAGAGCACUGCCAACAGGAGCUGUCCUACCACUGCAGGAAGUCCCGCCUCCUCAACACUCCAGAGGGCUCUCCGUUCAGCUGGUGGCUCGGUGGUCCUGGUGCUGGUCGUGUCCAGACUUAUUGGGGCGGAGCUCAGCCAGGCAGCCAGCAGUGUGUCUGUGGCCUGCAGGGCGACUGUGUGGACCCACAACACUACUGCAACUGUGACGCCGACCGCACAGAGUGGACUGAAGACUCGGGCCUGCUCACCAAUGAGGAGAGCCUCCCCGUACGGUCUCUGGUGCUGGGUGACAUCCAGAGGCCAGAGUCAGAGGCCGCCUACAGGGUGGGACCACUUCUUUGUCAUGGAGACAAGAAUUUCUGGAACGCUGCGUUUUUCGACAAGGAGACGUCAUACCUCCACUUCCCCACCUUCCACGGAGAGCUGAGCGCGGAUAUCUCCUUCCUGUUUAAAACCACGGCCUCCUCUGGCGUGUUCCUGGAAAAUCUGGGCAUCAAAGACUUCAUCCGGAUCGAACUGAGCUCCUCCACUCAGGUGGUUUUCUCCUUCGAUGUGGGUAACGGGCCGCUGGAGGUUCAGGUGGAAUCGAGCGUGCCGCUGAAUGACAACCGGUGGCAUCGAGUCCGAGCCGAGCGGAACGUCAAGGAGGCGUCGCUUCGAUUGGAUGAACUUCCAGUCGCCACACAGGAGGCUCCUGCUGACGGACACUUUCACCUGCAGCUCAACAGCCAGCUGUUCAUUGGAGGCACAGCGUCCAGGCAGAAGGGCUUUCGGGGCUGCAUUCGCUCCCUGCAGCUGAACGGGGUCACCCUGGACCUGGAGGAGAGGGCGAAGAUCACACCCGGGGUCCGACCCGGCUGCCCGGGUCACUGCAGCAGCUACGGCUCGCUCUGCCAGAACCAGGGCCGAUGUGUGGAGAGAGACAGCGGCUUCCACUGUGACUGCGGCCUGUCAGCACACGCUGGAGUCUUCUGCCAUACAGAGGUGUCGGCCAGCUUCAAGUCGGUGACAUCAGUCAGCUACACCUUCAAGGAGCCAUACGAGUUGAGCAGGAACAGCAGCGCCCUGCCGUCCUCCAUCUACUCCGACAUGACUCUGAGAGGAGAGAACGUCUCCCUGAGCUUCAGGACCAACCAGAGUCCGGCUCUGCUGCUCUACGUCAGCUCCUACUACAGAGAGUACCUGGCCCUGCUCAUCAACAAGCACGACACGCUGGAGGUGAGAUACAAGCUGGAAAGCAGCAGAGACGCUGAAGUGUUGAGCAGCAAAGUGAAGAGUCUGGCCAACGGACAGCUACACACUGUUACCAUCAGGAGAAUGACCGACUCCGUGACUGUGCAGAUCGACCAAAACCCCAGAGAAGACUUCAACCUGACAUCUGACGGAGAAUUCAGGGCCAUCAAGUCACUGGUGUUGGGCAGAGUGCACGAUUCUUAUGAUUUGGAUCCGGACCUCUCCCGGUUGGCGUCUCUGGGUUUUACAGGUUGUCUCUCGGUGGUCCACUUUAACUCCAUCAGCCCUCUGAAAGCUGCUCUGCUCCACCCGGACACCAGCCCCGUCACCAUCACAGGACCUUUAGUCCGCUCCAACUGCGGCUCCUCUGCUUCGGCCAAUCCCUACGCAGCGGAGAACACACACCACCUGGCAGAUCAGUCUGGUUCAGUGGGUUCAGGUGAACCUUUAGUCAAUGCCAUCAGGACUGACUCGGCUCUGAUUGGAGGUGUCAUAGCAGUGGUGAUCUUUGUGAUUGUGACCGGCCUGGCCAUAACCGCCAGAUUCCUCUACCGGAGAAAAGAGACGUACCGGAACCAGGAGGUGAAGGGAGUCAAACAGGAGGACAGCCAAGACUUCACUUUCAACAACCAGACGGACUCCCAGAGCGUCUCCAAUGAAAACCCAAAGGAGUAUUUCAUCUGACUGGAGGCCUGAUGACCUGAUGAACUGGCGGCUGCAGACACGGGGAGUUCUGCCACGCCUCAGGACUUUAUACUGCACUCAGAGCCACUCAGAGACUUCUCUGGAGGCUCCACAGAAUAUGGAACACAAAAAAGGAACAAUGCACCGUUUUGUCUUUUACUGUACAUGUUGUAUAUACUGAAACAGGCAACAGUGUCGAUAUCUUUGUAAAUAUUCAAAAAAAAUGUAAAUGUGGAAGUGAUGUCUACAGCUAACUAAUGUCACUCUGUCAUAUUGGUAAUAAGGUUUCAAAUACUCUUUUUGUGAAGCAGAGUUUUGUUUUUGUGAUUUUGGAGUAUACAAAGUUUCUUUCAGUGAAUCAAGGCGCCUGGAGUCGUGACUGGAGUGGUUUGGAUGUUUCUAUGGUGAUAAUGAAUGGAUGUUUUGCUUACUUGGUAGUGGAAAUGUUUGACCCGUAAUUAGGCCCUCAGGAAGAGUACUUCUGUCAGAGCUGGUGGUUUGUUCAGGCUUUUUUGUUGUUGUUGUUAUGUGCAGUGAUUUGGAGGAGUAACUGUUUGCACUCUUUAGAGCCUCAAAGUCCUGUUUACGGGGAACCUUUGUGGAAAUGUGGAGGCAACUUCCGAGUCUUUGCAGCCUGCAAACAUCCACCAAAUACCAAGACGUGUGAUGAUUUUCUAACUCAAGUUGGCACAUGAAUUAAACAUUUUCAUGAGUGAUUUUCUUCCAGAGACAUCGUGUUACUACUGAAUUUUGAUGUUAAAAAGAGAAGUUAACAUAGUCCUAUCAUCGCCAUGAGGAAAGCUGCAGUCUGCAGCUACUGGACUUUGAGACAUUUUAUAGAGUAGGGAUUUAUCGUCUGCUUUUAUUUUUUUUCUCUUUUUCUUUGCCAUACUUAUUUUCUCUCAUGUUCUUUUCAUGGUGACGUGAGGGCACAACAAAAGCAGGGAACAAAAAUACAUCUGUGAGCACUUAGCGUUUCCAGUUUCCUAUAGUUUGCAAGCUUUUCAUAAAAAGGAUUGCACAGGUUGCUCUGAAAGUUUUUCUCUCGCCUGCUGGGAGCUUCCUCUCCUAGCUCUCUAAAAGUCUCUGAAGAGUAAAGCUUUUAACACUGAUGGCGGCGCACACUCUGUAACGCUGCGGCUGUCUGUCACCUCGCCGCAGUGCACGCUGAGACAGUUAAUGUGUUUCUGAAAUGUUAAUCUGCUUCGGUCUGACAGGUGGAUUGUGACUCGAUAGAAAGCAGAGAGAUGAUCAGAAUGAGACAGAGAUUAUCUGAGGAACACUGUCAAGCGGACAUGAAUAUAAUGAAAACAGCCUGAUAUUAAAAACUUGAAAAUGAAGCAAAUCCCCUCCAUGUGUUAAUUCAGCUCAUGUGUAAAGAGUGCUGGAUCGACAGCAGCUGUUUAUCAAACACACUUCUCCGAGACACAAGAGCACAGAUGGGAUUUUAAUGACAAAAGUUGCGAAAACUUCAAAGUGCAUUAUUCAUCGUUUUGUUUGUGUUUUCUUUUGUUCCCACCACCUCACAACAGCUGAACCCACACAUUGUAGUCUUUGCCACAUCCUUGAUUCCAGAGAGUUCAUUCUUUGGUGAAGAAGUAGAGGAAGAAGCAGCAGCGUCUGUCCUCCAUCCUGCAGCAGAACUGACUGCAGUGCAGCACUUGAUUGCUGAAAGGAACUCAACAGGUAACCUUGACAGACAAAUAAUCCUGCAGUGAGCGCAGCUGGAGGACGCUGCAUAAAAAUACAGCAAAAUCAAAUGUUUACCAAGAUCCAGAGUGGAACGCUAUUUUAUUUUCAGACAACAUCCACAGAGAACAGGCUGAACUGAGGAAACGCAUGUUUGACCUUCAGCCUCUGAAAAACAUUGUUAUUGUUUUGUCAGAUAAUUUUCAUGCAACAGAACAAGAAUAUCACAGUUUACAUUUGAACAUCCAUAUCUGCUCCUGUAUUUUCAAUAUUUUUGGUUAAUGUUUGAAGAGAACUAGGGCCGUGAGGAAUAGUUUUGAAGCUUCGAAGGUUAUUUGUUAUAACCUUGAUAUUUACAUUCUAAAAAUCAAUAUUUGAAUGCUGCACUAUAUGACUGGACAAAUAAAUGAGUGAUUGGCU